GCCGUGUUUACAUCGCUGCCGCGGAAUGUGAACGACUCCUAAUAGCUUACGGUGUGUGUGUGUGUGUGUGUGAGGGGCGAUGGGGAACACGGACAGCGCCGUGGUCCAGAAGCGGAUGGUCCGGUUCCGACCCGACGAGCGCCCGGCGGUGGAGGGCGCCUGCGACCGGCUGCUGGGCGCCGGGAAGGUCCUGAGCCUGGACGCUGUUAAGGCGUCGAUGGCGGGCGUGGCCUCGGCCUCCAUGGCCGAGAGGGUGCACCGGGCGAUUCGGAGGACCAAUGGGGGCGCGGCGACGCCCCCGGGCGGGGCCAGCCGGGAGCAGCUGCUGGUGUUCCUAGCGGACGUGCUACGCGGGACGGCGGAGGAGCGGGCGCCGGCGGUGGCGGCGAUGGCCGCGCCCGCCGAGGGGGCGGGGCGGGGCGCGGUCGCCGCGGACGACGUCAGAGAGUUUCUGGAAGACCUCGUCUCGGCGGCGAUACAGACGUUGACCUCCAGGGGCCGUCUGAGAGGGUGGAGGCCGGACCGCAUGGGGGACGGCGCGGGAAGGGUUAAGCUGUUAGCCGAGCAGCUUAGCUCGGAGCUAAAGGUCACAGACCAGGGCGCCUGCGACAUCCCGGCCGUCGAGGACUGGCUCUUCCGCACCCCCGCCGUCGCCCUCCACCUCGACCUCGUCACCUCCGAGGGGCUGGGGGUUCGGAUCCCGUCCCGGGCCCCGCCGGAGCUCCUCCCCCCGUGCGGGGCCGCGCCCUGGGCCGAGCUCCGAACCCUCCUGGACCUCCCCCUCCUGAUGUUCCUCGCCCCCCACCUCCCGGACGCCGGCGCCGCGCCCUGGAGGCUGCUGUUCUCGACCCGCGUCCACGGCGAGAGCUUCACCCGCCUGGUUUCGGGCUGCGCCCGCCGGGGCCCCAGCGUCCUCCUGGCGCGGGACUCCCGGGGCUACGAGUUCGGGGGGUUCGCAUCCCAGAGCUGGGACGCCAAGCCGCAGUUCCAGGGGGACUCCCGGUGCUUUCUGUUCUCGGCCCGCCCCUCUCUGCGGGUGUACACCUGCACCGGGUACAACCAGCACUACAUGUACCUGAACCAGGGUCAGCAGACCAUGCCCAACGGCCUGGGCAUGGGCGGGCAGCUGGGCUACUUCGGCCUAUGGCUGGACAGCGAUUUCGGGCGGGGCCACAGCAGGGCGCGCCCGAAAUGCACGACCUACGGCAGCCCCCAGCUCUCGGGGGAGGAGGAGUUCGUCCUGGACGCUUUGGAGGUCUGGGGCGUGGGCCAGCCGCCGGAGAGCCAGCAGGCACCAGUGAAGAGGAGCGUGCUGGACGCCGACCCGGAGACCCAGGCCAUGAUGGAGAUGGCCGGGAAGACCCUCCACAGCCAGGGGCUGAGAGAGCCGGAGGAGGAGGAGUCAUGAGAGG